CAUUUACGUGAUAACCGAAAAGAUGUGCGUUGACGUGUCUCAAUGACGUAACUUUGUCUUUCUGCCACGAAAAGUCGAAUUCACCGAAAAGAUAUUUUAAAAUGAAUUCAAGAAUGUCCUUAUCAAGCUGUUCAAAUUAAAAGUCAGCUGAUUAAUAAAUUAUAAUCAAAAUAUAAUUUGGAAAAAUGAAGCUAAGAAAAGAGUUGAUUUUACUCUUGCUGGUGAUGUCUGCUGCCUCAGAGUCAGAUGUUUCCAAGAAACGAUCAGAUACUUCUGAAGAAGAAGCAGAAGAAGAUGUUAGUUUGGAAGAAAAUGCGUUUGAACAUUUGCAAGAACUAAAGGCUUUGCAUGACAGUAUUUUGAAAAUAGUACCAGCUAAUGAACCAUAUCUUAAUGAUAAAAUUACAAAGAGGAAAGAGGGAACGGAAAAUGAACCAAAAACAAGGGAUGAAAGUCCUGUAAUGAAAAAUGUCUGGAUGAAAACAAUGAUAGCUCAAACUAAAAAUAUAGAUUUACCAAAUAGUAAUUUAAGAAUUGAAGAAGAGGAUAAUGAAACAUGGGGUGAAGAAGAGCAACUUGAACCUCUUAGUGAUGAGCCUCAAGAACCUCUUACUCCAGAGCAACAGGAAGCGGAAUUAAUAUUUAAAAAGGCACAGAGUCUCUUAAAUGCAACACGCUCAAAUAAAGAAGAAGCCUAUAAUUUAUUAACUUCUGCAGCAAUUCUGGGACAUCGAGAAGCCUGGUCUAUGUUAGCAUGGGCUCAGUUGUUGGGUACACAAUUUGGUUCAGCUUCUUCUGGUCAAGAUAUUUCAGCAGCUUAUGAAAUUUUUAAAGAACUUGCUGAAACUGGUUUACCAUCUGCUCAUAUGGGUAUGGGUUUUCUAUAUGCAACUGGAUUAGGUGGAGUACAAGCAUCGCAAGCAAAGGCACUGCUACAUUACACAGUAGCAGCACUUGGUGGAGAUACUCGUGCACAAAUGGCCUUAGGUUAUCGUCACUGGGCUGGAAUUACAACUCCAGCUUCUUGUGAGAGAGCUUUAGAUUUUUAUCGUAAAGUAGCUAACAAGGUAGCAGAAGAGGUUUCCCUUAGCGGAGGACCAGUUGUUCAGAGAAUUAGACUUUUAGACGAACAGGAGAAUCCAGCAUACAGCUCAGGAAUCUUUGAUCAGGAUCUAAUAGAAUAUUACCAAUUGUUAGCAAAAAAAGGAGAUAUACAAGCUCAGGUGGGAUUAGGGCAAUUACAUUAUCAAGGUGGAAGAGGUGUACCACUGGAUCAUGAAAGAGCAUUACAAUAUUUUCAACAUGCUGCUGAUGCUGGAAAUCCCCUUGCUAUGGCUUUUCUAGGAAAGAUUUAUUUAGAAGGCAGUGAUAUAGUUAAACAGGAUAAUGAAACAGCAUACAAAUACUUCAAAAAAGCUGCUGAACUUGGAAAUCCUGUUGGUCAGAGUGGGUUAGGUCUUAUGUAUCUUUAUGGAAGGGGAGUUGAAAGAGAUACUGCAAAAGCUCUUCAGUACUUUAGCCAAGCUGCAGAGCAAGGAUGGGUUGAUGGACAACUUCAACUUGGCAAUAUGUAUUUCAGUGGUACAGGAGUAAGACGCGAUUACAAAUUAGCUAACAAGUAUUUUAGUUUGGCUAGUCAGUCUGGUCAUGUUUUGGCAUUCUAUAAUUUGGCACAAAUGCAUGCUACUGGAACAGGCAUGAUGCGUAGUUGUCCGGCUGCUGUCGAACUUCUAAAAAAUGUUGCAGAAAGAGGCAAAUGGAGCGACCAGCUAAUGGUUGCUCACACAGAUUACAGAGAAGGUAGAAUAAACGAGGCUUUCGUCAAUUAUGCUCUCCUUGCAGAAAUGGGUUAUGAGGUAGCACAGAGUAAUGCUGCAUUUAUAUUGGAUAAAGGAGAAACUACAAUAUUAUCAGAAGAAGAGGGAUUAGUUAGGGCUCUUGCUUUAUGGGCAAGAGCAGCUGCUCAAGGAUAUUCUACUGCUCAGGUCAAAUUAGGAGAUGCUCAUUACUACGGUCGUGGAACAAAAGUUGACUAUGAGGCUGCAGCUACUCAUUAUCGAUCAGCGUCUGAGCAACAACAUAAUGCGCAAGCAAUGUUUAAUUUGGGAUACAUGCAUGAACGUGGCUUGGGUCUUGCAAAAGAUCGGCAUCUAGCCAAACGAUGUUAUGAUCUAGCGGCUGAAGCUAGUCCAGAUGCAAGAAUUCCUGUAGCACUGGCUCUCAUUAAACUUUCAUUUUUCUUUGGACUGGAAUAUCUGCAAGAAUUUAGCCUUGCUGACCAUUUAAAUAAGUGGGACCAGCUUUUGGGUCAGAACUGGGACUUAUAUCUUAUUGGAUUGCUCACUGGCAUGCUCAGUUUAAUUAUUUAUUUUCGCAGGCCACAACCACCACCUCCACCUAGAAUUAACUAGUUCUUAAUUAUCUUUUUUCGAAUCUAUUUCUCUUUUUCUUUUAGAUGAAGUAAAGUUUGUUACUGAUGGUUCAUAAAUACAUGCACUUGUGUGCAUAUCAA